AUGUUGUAUGUGCAAAGGUUCAUCAACGUGGAGCAUGUCAUCUGCGAAAUAGAAGCCCGGAAUACUCCUAUCGUAGUGGUAAGCGGAGAGAUAAAAGUCGUAGUAGUAGUGGUGGUAGAAGCAGAAGUAGUAGUAAUAAAAGCAGAAGUAGUAACAGCGGUAGAAGCAGGAAUAGUAGUAUUGGUAGAAUCAGGAGUUGUAACAGUGGUAGAGGCAGGAGUAGUAACAAUGGUAGAAACAGUAGUUGUAGCAGUGGUAGAAUCAGGAGUAGUAACAGUGGUAGAAUUAGGAGUUGUAACAGUGGCAGGAGUUGUAACAGUGGUAGAAUCAGGUGAUGUAACAGUGGUAGAGGCAGGUGAUGUAACAGUGGUAGAAUCAGGUGAUGUAACAGUGGUAGAAUUAGGAGUUGUGACAGUGGUAGAAUCAGGCGUUGUAACAGUGGUAAAAUCAGGAGUAGUAACAGUAGUAGAAGCAGGAGUUGUGACAGUGGUAGAAUCAGUGGUAGAAUCAGGAGCUGUAACAGUGGUAGAAUCAGGUGUUGUAACAGUGGUUGAAUCAGGUGUUGUAACAGUGGUAGAAUCAGGAGUUGUAACAGUGGUAUUAUCAGGAGUUGUAACAGUGUUAGAAUUAGGAGUUGUAACAGUGUGUAGAAUCAGGAGUAGUAACAGUGGUAGAAGUCAGGAGUUGUUAACAGUAGUAGAAGCAGGAGUUGUAACAGUGGUAGAAUCAGGAGUUGUAACAGUGUAG